AUGUCUCUCCCCACCCCUAAUAUCGCUCACCUUACAGAGGAAGACUAUGACCAUGUGUAUGAGCCGGCAGAGGAUUCCUUCAUUCUGCUGGACGCCUUGGAGAUUGACGCUGAAGAGAUACGGUUGUCAAAACCCGCGAUCAAUGUAGAAAUAGGGUCGGGCUCUGGAGUUGUCUCCACUUUCUUGUCAAAUUUACUUGGGCCGAACGAAAGCUAUGUCAUCUCGACCGAUAUCAACAGCUACGCUUGCAAAGCAACUCAAAGAACUGCAGCUGCCAACCAAACCACCUUAGAUGGUAUCAAUUGCAACCUCCUCUCUCCUCUCUUCUCUCGUCUACACCAACAAGUUGAUAUCCUCCUUUUUAAUCCUCCUUACGUCCCUACAGAUGCCGAUGAGUUGAGCUUGACACAAGAACAGAAGGAUAUAGGAGGGGCUUGGGCUGGAGGGUUUGAUGGGAUGGCAGUGACUAACCUUGUGCUGGACCAACUACCCGAUCUCUUGUCUCCCGCAGGGCGUCUGUAUCUGGUGGCUGUCCAGCAGAACAAGACUACCGAUAUAGCUGAAAGAAUGCUGGCCUUGGGAUUGCAUACAAAGGUAGGCUUGGACAGCGGUAUCGAGGAGAAAGAAGUUUCUGACUUGGGUUGCAGGAGGUAA